GAUGCAGUUACAAAAGGAUAUGAUACUCGAACUGGGUGGGCUGCUGCAAAUUAUGGAAACAAUGGCAGUGUAUUUCGAAUGGUACUCCCUCCACCUAAUGUAACUGGAAAGCUGCACCUUGGUCAUGCACUUACGGUCACAAUUGAGGACACUUUAUGUCGACAUCACAGGAUAAAAGGAGGCGUAGCGCAAUGGAUUCCUGGAUUCGAUCAUGCCGGUAUUGCAACGCAAUCCGUGGUCGAAAGACAUUUGUGGAAGGAAAAAGCGUUGCGUCGGGAUUUGUUGAGCAGGGAGCAGGUCGUCGAACAUUGUAAGCAAUGGAGCGAAAGAAACUCUGCUGCUAUCCGAAAACAACUUGAAGUACUUGGUGCUACGUUAGAUUGGCAAAAUUCUUACUAUACCUUUGACAAUAGUUUCUCCUCUGCCGUCAGUUUGGCAUUCGUCACUCUGCAUCGGGAUGGUUUUAUUUAUCGAGACAAUCGACUAAUAAACUGGUGCUGCCAUUUACAAACAUCUUUGUCAGACCAGGAAGUGAACCUUGUCGAUGUUCCGUUCCCAACAAAAGUUGCAAUUCCUGCUCCGCAAGGAGGAAAGCGUACGGUUGAAGUGGGAACUAUGUAUCGUAUCAAAUAUCCUUUAAAGAGUUCAGAUAGGUUUAUUGAAGUGGGCACAACUCGUCCAGAAACGAUAUUCGCAGAUGUUGCGUUGGCCGUACAUCCAGACGAUGAGAGAUAUUCACAGUUUAUUGGACAGUUGGUUCGUCAUCCAUUGCUACCUGAUCGUGAAAUCCCUGUACUUGUGGAUAAGAUGGUUCAAAAGGAAAAAGGAACAGGGGCUCUGAAAGUUACUCCAUGCCACGACAAACUUGACUGGGAGAUUGCCUCGCGUCAUUGGGAGCAAAUUCUUCGUCAAGAUAGUAAAGCGAAAACGAGAAGUUGCAUUGAUGACCAUGGAAGACUAAAUCAACAAACGGGUGAAUUCGUUGGCUUGGAUCGUUUUGACGCAAGGAUCAAAGUCAUUCAACGGUUGGACUCGCUUGGCCUUUUUUCUGGUACUUUGAAACACGAAGGGCAAAUUAGUUUGUGUAGUAGAACAGGUGAUAUUAUUGAACCUCGUCUCGCUGAACAGUGGUUCUUGGACACCAGGGAGCUAUACACCAACGCAUUAGAGGCGAUUAAAAGUAGAAGAGUAUGUGACGUUUUGUGGAGUAUUAUUGAUAUGUAUUUAGCUCCAAUUAUCGAUUUCAUAACCUUCGGAAGACUAAGUAUUCUUUUUUUGAAUUAUUCCAGUUCAUCCUUGAUUCCAUUGGUCGUGGCUGGGUGGCCAGGUCCGGAAUUUAACCCAUCAGCACCUCUUCUGGAUGUGAUGGAAACCGGAUGGGAUAUAUUAGGAUUCUGGGUCGCAAGAAUGAUUGCAAUGACUAUGCGGCUAUCCAAUGGCCAAGUACCAUUCUCUCGUGUUAUAUUACACGGUCUAAUUCGUGAUCCAUCCGGAAAGAAAAUGAGCAAGUCACUCGGAAAUGUGAUUGAUCCGCUUGAUGUGGUGUAUGGCAUUUCUCGAGAGAAAAUGUUAGAACGUAUAAAAAGCAGUUCUCUAUCUGAAGAUGAAAUGGCCGACGCAUUAUCUUCUGUUUCUACUCGCUAUCCGAACGGAAUAUCUCGUUAUGGGACUGAUGCGCUUCGUUUUGCAUUAUUACGACACAAUUUCUUCUCUUCCGAUAUUUUGUUAGACGUAGUUGAUCUUUCUGGUGAGGGUUAUCGGUUUUGUAACAAGUUAUGGAACAUGAUCGCUUAUUUGGAAUCUGUAAAUGAGAAAUUGUGUUCGUCAAGAGAUGUGAACUCAGAUCAUCCAGCGGAUGAGUGGAUUCUUUCCCGACUUGCUGAUACGCUGAUCCAGAUUGAUAAGCAUAUGACUGAGCAUACACCGCAUCUUGCAUUCGCCGUCCUGUACAGAUUUAUUUUGGGUUCCUUCUGUGACGUCUACAUCGAAUCUACAAAGCGAGCUGUUUGGGAGGCGGAUCUUGUCAGGAUGGCCCAGAUUCGAACGACAAUGAGUCGAGUUGUUCAACCGACAUUAGUCCAACUUUCGGUUUUUAUGCCAUUCAUAGCUGAAUACUUGUACGAGCGUGCUUUCAAUAGGGAACCGGGAUCUAUCUACUUUGAUUUUGUAAAGCCAUCAUUCUUCAAAUUUUACCGGAACACUGAGCUAGAAUAUGAAAUGGACGUCCUCUUAGAAAUAGUGAAUGUUGUCCGAUCAAUACGACAACAACUUCAAUUGUCUUCCGCAAUGUUCUUCACUGGAGCACUACAUUCUGACCAUAUUUCUAAUGAAUUCUUCCGCCUCUCACCAAUAUUAUCCGACCUCGUGAAGUUGGACCUAUCAGACGUCACUCCUUUUGUUCACGACGUACUACCUGGUUUCAUGACCUGUCCGGUACCCGGUCACAAGGCGCGGCUCUCACUCAAAAUUCAGGUUUGCAGAAAAAUACGAAUCUUUAGUGUACCGAAGCAGAGAGGAGGGCAACGUAAGCACUUUGUGGUAUACUGUCCUGUACUCAUUUUUCUUUCUAGGUCUAACCAGUACCUGUUGUGUUUGCAGUGUGUAAAACCUCAUGUGAUCGAAAAAUACGAAAAGAAAGCCUGUCAGGCGCGUGGAGUAGCGAAUGGUGCUGAUGAGGAAGUGAAAAGACUCCAAAGCUUACUUGAACAGAUGGCUUCCUGA